CUCUUCUUGAAAUUUCAAGAAGCAUAGGUGUAUUUUGGUAUAAAUCCCAAAGCCAUCUGCGGUUUGAACUCCACAGGCGUUUAAAAAUGUCAUGAGAAUCAUCUUCACUUCUCACUACGGGGCUUAUGCCUCGAGGGCAAAAAACAAACAAGGACUAAUUGGGCGCAAAAAAACAAACUAUAUAUAUUAAUGUGCGUUAAUGUAACAUAAGGCUUUACUUUAAAUUCUAAUUGAAAGUUAGCAUAAAAAUAAGGAUGACUUAUUGAAAUCCUUAAAUUAAGGAUGUUUUCAGAAAAUAAUAUUCAAUAGGGGUGUUUUUUUAUGAAAACCGAGGGGGGAAAUGUAAUUUAGGUACAAUUUGGCUACCUAGUUUGCCCAACCCAUGGUCCUCGGCCCGAUGGCAUUCUCUUCUUCUCCCGUCGUCGCCGAUCGUCGAUUGGACCUCGAUACCGGCGACUGAUCAGGACGAAAUCCAACUUCAGUUGACGUUAUCAUUCUCUAACUCUUGACAUCGCUUCAUCUACUUCGUUGGCCGGGUAUGCGUUCCUCUUCCAUUCCCACUUUCCGCGUUUCGGGUACCGAAGGUAGAUCCCCAGCAUUUGACGUACUUGUGUUGGGAAGCCUACGAUACAAUUCUGUUUCAUGACGGCCGGUAGAAGGACAAGUUUCGUCCGUGAUGACAGAAGUGGCACGACCUAAAACCCUAGUUUGUACAUACAUGCUGCUGCAAUUCAUAACUUGAAAGAAAUAUGAUCUCAUGAAGUAGGAUACUAUAAGAUGAAUCAUUUCAAAAGCGAAGUUAGAUGGAGAAUCCUCUUCUAAUCCUUGGCGCGAAAGCAAAUAAGAAAAUUUUCUUUAGGAGCUAUUUAUGUCACAAAUUUCCAGUUAGAGUUACUAUGUAAUGUUUUUUGUGGUUAUGAUCCAAUAGAAUAGUGUGUUAAAAAUCCAAAAGUUCAUCUUGAGCCUUUUACUUCAAUUUAUUAAUUUUGAUUUCAGUAUCUUGGCAUGGAUUCUGGUUUAGUUGGUGUUCCACUUCCGAUGGAUAAGAUCUCUUUAACAAAUCUUCAAGAAUCAAGUGCCAAUGGAUCUUGCAGCCAAAGGUGUCAGAAGUUUGUUGUUUUGUUGUCAGCAGGAAGUUUCAAUCCACCAACUUAUAUGCACUUGCGCAUUUUUGAGUUAGCAAGAGAUGUGUUGCAAGCACAAGGAUUUGUCGUGAUAGGAGGUUAUAUGUCGCCUGCAAAUGAUGCAUACAAGAAAAAGGAUCUUUUGCCGGCUAUGCAUCGAGUUCAGCUGUGUGAAUUAGCAUGCAAAAGUUCUUCCUUUGUCAUGGUAGAUCCAUGGGAGGCAAAACAAAACAGUUAUCAGCGCACUCUUACUGUCUUGUCCAGGAUACAAAAUUUCUUAUGCCGUAAUCUUUCCGUAGGAAAAGAAUCACUCAAAGUAAUGCUUCUAUGUGGAUCUGAUCUACUUGAAUCUUUUGCUAUUCCUGGAGUCUGGAUGCAAGAUCAGGUCAGAACUAUAUGCGAGGACUUUGGUAUUGUCUGUAUACGCAGGGAAGGGAAGGAUAUUGAAAACAUAAUAUCUGCCAAUGAAAUUUUGCAGCAAAAUAAGAGUAAUAUUUUCUCAGUAGAUGAAAUUGUACCAAACCAGAUUAGCUCAACAAGAUUGAGGGAAUGCCUUAGGAAGGGACUCUCAAUUAAGUACCUAACUGCCGACGAAGUCAUUGAUUACAUCAAAGAUCAAAAGCUUUACACAACUGGUUCUACUUGAUAUUUUUUUAGAUCCUCUCAAGCAAAAGAUGGUGAGAGAUGGACCAGAAUAAUGUUUUUUCACCCAGUUGAGGUGGCAUGCAAACGCAGUAGCAGAUAUGGCCCCUUUGAUCCACAUGGGAGAAUUCUCAAUAAACCGUUGAUGAAAUAAUUUCCUUAGAAAUUUGUUUCAAUGUUGUAAUCGGUUAUUAUGUUAUUUUAUUUAUGAAAUGUCAACUUAUAAGUUGACAAAAUGUGAAACUAGUGUAACGCAGAAAAUGAGUGCGAUAUUGACAAAGUUAUCUCCAAGUUUGAUGCUAA